GCAACCUCUGACCCUCACUUCACGGGUUCCUGCGCUUUUCAAGUCCGUUUUUUGUGAACGAACUGAAAUUUUCCAUUACUGGACGUACUACAUGCGUACAAGAUCAAGACGGUGUAGCUGGUGCUGGCUUCUCGCAACUAUUUCACCCUAUUUGAAGGCGCAACAACCUGUCUCCAUACUCUACACGGGUCGCUUCAGUUCGGAUCCUGAGUGUGCAGGUCUACGUGUACACAAACUCCAUUUGAUGCUAUAGCUAUCUUUUAAAUGGCCGAUGAGCUCAACCGCGUUUUUCUUUGGGGCAUUCCCCGCACAAUGACCAACACUUUGGUGAAGUGCUUGAGUUACGUCGAGGGAAUCCAGAUAGCCGUGCAACUCUACGCGGACGCGCACUUCUUCGGGCCAGACGCCAAGCGGCCGGUCACCACUCCCUUGGACCCCAUGGAGAGUAAACUUAACGUCAUUCUUGACGGAAUUUAUAAGAAGAGCAAGGUCGCAGCUUCGGGGGCAGACCCAUCGUUGCUAUCGUUUAAAUCGGUCCGAGGGGUCUUGGAAGCUCCAUGUCCUGGUAAGAAGGUCCUCUUCUGUAAGGAACAGGCCCAGUAUCUGGAUGGUCGCUAUGACAUGCUGCCUAAAGGAUUUAAGUACAGUUUUAUCAUUCGCCAUCCUCUCAAAUUGUUCCUUUCUUACAAGAAGUAUCUGCAUGGAUUCGUGGGGGACUUCCCCGACAUGCGGACCUUGCCCCCUAUACUGUUCCCUCCCGGAUACGGUUACAAGGAGAUGAACGACUUAGUGGAGUACGUCCGAGAGAACAUCGAGCCCUCGCCGGUCAUCCUGGAUGCCGACGAUCUGCUGCAGGAUCCGGCGGGGAUUUUGUCCACUUACUGCUCCAAGAUGGGUAUUCCGUACUCCAGCAAGCUGCUGUCGUGGGAGCCAGGCCGAGACAUCAUCAAUUCUUGGAUGGGCACCAAAGUCUGCAUGAACGACGAGAUGGAUCAUGCCUACAAGCAUACGUUCGAGAGUGAGGGGUUUGGCAGACCGACACCUGUCCCGGAUCUAGAUAGUCUGCCGGAUGAUGUGAAGGCGUGCGCUCGUUAUAGCAUGAGUUACUACGAAGAUCUCCACCGCCGAAGAAUAAUUGCAUCCGGCUAGAAUGACGUCACUUUGCUGCGUGAAGAAGUGACUCUUAACCCUAACACUCCUCAGUCCUCCAACAGGUGAAGGAUUGAGGAGGGUUAGGGUUAAAGUACAAAAUAGUCAAUCUUACCAAAAAAUCGCUGUCAAAGGCUACCUCGAUUGAACCCACGACGUAGUGUUUUUAAGCAGAGACAGAUUAAUUGGGUCUGAAUGCUUGUGAGCCAAGAUUUUGACGGACAUGUAGGCCUAAAUACGGAAAAAAUACAGCUGGAAAGAAAGAAUAAUUAUAACCAAAAUGCAGAUAAAUUACCUUUGAAAUAUGAUUAUUUAUGUACCACUCAGUGAUAAAAUAUAUCCCCAAUAUAGACAAAAUAAUGAAUUGACAAGUUAGACUCGACACGUAUAACAGAAAGGACAAACAAAAUGUUAAUUUCAAAGACCAGUGAUUCAGCAAAAAAAUCAAGAAUUGCAGAGGGUGUAGUUUAUCACACAUUGGUCUUUACCUUUAUUUUUGAUAGCCAAUAAUAUAUCAAAGGUAAAUACUGUAGAGAAUUCAAAUGAAGUCUGUAGAACUGUGUUGUUUUGUGGGCCAUUAACACCCCAAUUUGGGAAACAUUACCAUGGCAACAAGCAAAUUUAGACCGCGUCAUUGGUCCUUUUUACCCCAAGUGUAUAUCAGGUAAGAAAGUUGCUCAGGUAUCUUGUGGUAAAACCAUUAUUGAUGAUAGCUUUUAUUGCAUCUUAUCUGUAUUUUGAAUGUUGAUUUUAAAUUAAUAAAUGAAAUGAAAUAAAACAGUUCCUCUUACGGGUCAAAAGGUUCCAUAGCGCUUGACACAUUGUAUUUAAUUGAAAGAGAAAUUGUUCUUGUGCUGGCAUAACACACAUAUUUUCUUAGUUCUCCAAACACAACAUCUGAACUCAAAUUAACUAUGGUACAACUACGUUAUUGAGUAACUGCUGCCGUUUAUAUUAAUCUUUUUAGUUUUUAGGUUUAAUGACAGAGGUCGAUCAGAGUGGAGUCACAAGAUGUCCAAAUUCUGAAAUAAAUUACCUCGACCAAUAUUAGAUGCUUAUACGCUCUAAAUGCCAUGGGUUCUCUUUAUAAAAAACGCAGUUUGCAUAAGAAAGCAUGCGUGCCAUCGAUAUCGUCCGUUUGCAUUAAACACCUAGAUAACAGUAUAACCAACCUUUCGCGUUUCACAGAGACCACUUUAAACUACACGAGCUAUCUCAACCAAAAUGAACUUUGGUCGAGAAACCUCAACUAUCACCGAGGCCAGAAUUCGCAGCACCGUCAUUGUCAGAUGAAAAUAAUAUCGUACGAUGCCAACGAAAGAGUGAGUAAAUUGGAAUGUUCAGCCUCACUGAUUGGCUCAGGUCCUGAAUGAUCCCGGACGCGCUUUAUGCCGAACGGGCUCUUUUCAGAUCAAGAUCCGCAUAGAUUGAUUUCCACGGCGGCAAUUCUAGAGUCCUAAUAUCACUAAGAACGGGAGCCUUUGCAGUUAUACAAACACCCACGAUGUUUGUGGAGCUGGAAAUUUUUCAUUUACAAAUUUGUAGUGGGCGCCUUGUGCUUGAGAACCGACGGGGAUGGCAAAAUGCUCACACCCACGUAGGCCUACUGAUCAAUAUGGAGAUUCUGAUAAAAUGUAUUUCACGUUAUAAGAAAUUAUAUGCAUAACUGCUUUACUACGUGAGUAUGACCAUUGCCUCCUGAUGUUAUCAUGCUGUUAAUAACAACGUUAUUAUAAUUUAUAGCUUAUUACCGAAGUAUCAAACUGAUAAUUACCAAUAAUACAUGUACAUAUGAUGUCACACAUCAAGUGCACUUUAUCAUUCAUAUUUCUUUAGUUUGCACUUUAUCGUUCUGCACAGAUACGGCUUUAAUAUAGCACUGAACUAUUCGUAAUGGUUCAGGUCGUAUAUGACCAAGCAUGGAUAGCUUCACUACGGAAGCCAAAAAACUCAGGAGUACACUUGGUUUCAAGAUCAUAGUUCUAUUUAAAAGCUAUUCGAAGAAUGUGAAGGAUUAAACUUUCACUUCUCAGGAAAUUCCAUUACGUUGUAUCGCUAGCAAAGUGUUAAAACUCAGUACUGUGGGUUUAAGCGUAUAAUGGAAUAUCCCAUUAACCCAUUUAUGAAACAAUAUGUCAGUAAAAUAGUUAAAUCUUGAGUACAUGUUUAUAGUCAAAUACAAUAAUCUCAAAUGCAUUAUUUUAAUGCCACAGAUGGAACCAAAGUAUAAUGAGUUAUAAUGCAAUGUAAAUUCUAAUUAAUUAAAAAGCGAUAAUCACCUACGAUUGCGUUUGUUCACAUCUUUUAAUUUCUAAACUUACUAUGGAAAUUUACAAUGGUCUUAGGACUCAGUUCUAAAACCUGUUUUCCAAAUCGACAUAAGAAAUGCAGACAGCAACGCAAUCAAGACGGAAACUGCAACACAGACAUAAUUAUGGAAACAUGUCCAACGGAAGAGUCGCCACAAAUGCAAACCAGCCCCAGACGAAUCGGCAAACUUGAGCCCGCUUCAACUUUGCCGACUGCCUACAUUGAGUCGCUGUGUAGGCCUAUACAAACAUGCACGUUGGCAUGACGGACGUACAACGACGUUCCUCUCCCUUAGUGCCACUCAUUUUGUCAAUUUGCUCCUUAUUAUGAUGCUCCAAUCGUCAACGAACGCGUUAACAAUACAUCAAACUGGAGUAUCAGUUUGGCUUCAAGAGGCAACAUUGCCACCUAAAAAGGCAUUUAUUGCGAAAAUUUUCCGAGUUUCGGACGCCAUUGUUUUGGGGUGGAACGACGUCGCACAGCGUCUCUUCCGGUCGUGUCUGCGUCUUGAGGUUUUGAAGACCGUCUGUGCUACUAACGACCAUAUGGAAACCAGGCUCAACACAGCACACACGUUCGUUGCGUUCUGCCGUCAAAAACGCCUCGGGAGCGAUUUUGACGGAUACGCAACACUUGGCGCAAGUGUUGACGCGAAUACGAACUGGGGCCUUUAGUCUAGCCAUUUUUCAUGCCUUGCGUGCAUUUCGUUUACGUGAACAGAAUGUAUUUGAUACCCUGUUAGUAUGUUUCUUCUUCCGCCGAUUUUAACUUACUCCAUCAUGUAUCACUGCACAGAUGCUACAUUGUCAAAAUCUCAUAUUUUAGAGAACACUAUUUCAUCUAUCACAGGCAGAAAACAAAGUGCUACUACACGACGAAAUUAAGAAGUCUUUUAAAGUCAUUUGAAUUUGAAUGUUCACCCUUUUCUAGCAAAGCUGUGGGUCACACUUACAAUCUAGCUUUUAUGCAAAUUGCUCGCCUGUAGGUUCAAGGAUCAUUCCAACUGCGCCCGAUGGAGUCGAGUCGUCUUUAAAGUAGAUCUU